CGACUUACACGACCUACCUAGUAUUUGGCCAUUCCUCGACUCUUCUCCUCGCCCAUGACAGCAGAACUUGACAUUCUCGAUAUUACUCGCACCUCCCAUUGAUUCCACAUCCGUCAGUUCGACAUGGCCUCCAUGAAGGGAAGAGUAGUAGCAAUCACAGGAGGUGCUUCUGGGAUCGGGCUAGCGACAGCCAAGCUAUUGGCCCAAAGAGGUGCACAGCUUUCACUUGCUGACGUCCAAGCAAAGGCUUUGGACGACGUUGCAAAUGAUAUCGAGGCUCGACAUGGGGCUCGACCAUUGACAUACAUCUUAGAUGUUCGUGACGCGCAAGCCGUCGACAAUUGGAUCACUCAGACGUUAGACAAGUUCGGUCGCUUGGACGGCGCAGCAAAUUUGGCCGGAGUUAUUCCAAAAUCAAUCGGAAUCAAAGGUGUUGCGGACCAGGAUCUCCAUGAAUGGAACACGGUCAUCGGGAUCAAUCUCACAGGCGUAAUGCUCUGUAUGAGGGCGCAGUUGAAAGGAAUUUCUCCGGGGGGGAGCAUUGUUAAUGCGUCUAGCAUCGCAGGCUUGGUUGGUCGCCCCAAUAAUGCGUCCUACACUGCCAGCAAGCACGGCGUCAUUGGAUUGACUAUGGCAGCCGCAAGGGAGGUGGGAGCGAACAAUAUCAGGGUGAAUGCGGUUUGCCCGGGUUCUAUUGAAACUCCAAUGGUAGAUGAAGCCAGACGCAUUUCCAGUGAACGAAAAGGCAUGGUCCUCACACGGGAAAAUGCCAACGAAGAGGUUGCUCUCAAGAGAACGGGCCAGCCAGAAGAAGUAGCAUCUCUGAUUGCCUUCCUCCUCUCAGCAGAAUCCAGCUACAUAACUGGCUUGGCCUGUCGAGUUGAUGGAGGAUGGAUAUGCUAAAAUGAAUGUCGACUGGCUCGAUAUAUGGGCCUUUCGUUCCAAACCUCGUGAAUCGGACAAAGUAGAGAUCAAUCUCUU